AUGUCGAACAUCACCCAAGAUGCAUAUAAACCCACGAUGCGCUGCCCCAAGAACAUCCCUCUCUCCAUCCGCCAUCGACACAAUCUCCUCAACCACACACCCAAUUACACACCAAACCAAACCACACCCACUCCACCAAACAUGAAGUACACCACCCCCCUCCUCCUCUUCAUCGCGGCCCUCACCACCGCCAACCCCGUCACCUCCCCCUCCGCCAACGCCAUCACCUCGGCCAACCCGCUCGUCGCCCGUGACCCCAUCUGCGACAAGUGCAACAAGGAGUUCGAGGACUGCCAGAAGGUAAUACCCCCCUUUUCCCAUCUCUUCCAGUGUGACUUGAACUAA